UCUCUCUCUCUCUCUCUCUCUCUCCUGAUCCUCGCCUUAGCCGAAUCGCUUCUGCUUUCCUCGUCGCGACCAGCCAUGACAGGCAGCACUCCUGAGAAACCGUCGUCUCCCAAGGCAGCUGCGCCAGUGCCACAGCAGCCCUCUUCUCCGUUCGCUCCGACCGAGCCGGCGCCAUCCUCCUCCUCCUCCUCCUCCUCUCAGGCACAGCCGCUGAGUGAAGAGGAGGCCAAGAAAUGGGGCACCCACGUCAUGGGCACGCCCGCCGUCCCCACCGUCCACCCGGACAACCAGAAGGCUGCCUCCUGGAACGCCGCCGACCACCAGCAGAUCAGCCACCAGCCCUACGUCCAGUACGAGCCCAUCGAUAGGUCGAACAGCAGCCCGCUCGAAUCCGUGAUCAACAUGUUCAAUACCUGGAGCAAGAGGGCCGAGACCAUUGCCCGCAACGUCUGGCACAAUUUGAAAACUGGGCAAUCGGUGUCCGGAGCUGCGUGGGGCAAGGUGAACCUGACGGCGAAAGCGAUAUCGGAAGGAGGAUUCGAGUCGCUUUUCAAGCAGAUUUUCACGACCGAUCCAAAUGAGAAGCUGAAGAAGAUGUUCGCUUGUUACCUCUCGACAUCAACAGGCCCAGUCGCGGGAACGUUGUACCUGUCUACCGCUCGCGCAGCGUUCUGCAGCGACCGUCCCCUGUCCUUCACUGCACCAUCGGGUCAGGAGGCUUGGAGCUACUACAAGGUCAUGAUUCCUUUAGCGAACAUUGGGACGGUGAAUCCGGUUGUCAUGAAGGAGAACCCCCCUGAGAAGUACAUUCAGAUCGUCACGGCCGAUGGUCACGACUUCUGGUUCAUGGGAUUCGUUAAUUUCGACAAGGCAUCACACCACCUUCUAAACAGCCUCUCGGAAUUCAGGACUGUCCCACCAGUUACGCACCCAUCGAAUGCACCUUGAUUUUGAGCUCGUCAAUCAGUUUUGUUGCGUCUUCUGCGGUUCUUGUAAGCAGAGAAAUUUCGACAUGGUGUACAGCAGUCUUGAGGGUGUGACGGUGCUUCAUUGUUUGUGUGUUGCUACUCUUUUUCUUCCCCCUGUUUGUUCAGUCUAUACUACAGAGAUAUUCAUGUUUGUUGUAAAUCUUGUUGGUAAUAGAACAGUGGAUUAGACCUAUGCAGUUUUUGUC